GGCGCUCAGAAAGACAGGCGUGAGCCAGGGUCAGCUCAGUACCCGGUGGGCAUUCAACCCCUCCAGCUCACCCCCGACCCCUGGGGAGGAGGUGAGGAAGGGACUGAGCUCAGGCAUAGAAACCCCUCUCCCCCCAACCUGGCAAAGGUGCUAGGGCAAGUUUGGGCAGGAUCACUUCAGAUUUGGGGACGUCAUUCCGCUCGUGGGGUAUUCGGGGGACCCUGCCCCCGCCACACACACACACAGCUGGGUCCCACCGUCCUUAUCCAAGCCGCGCGCUGAGCACAGGCUCGGCUCUCGAUUGCUCGCCCCUGGCGGCGGCGGGCGACAUCGACAGCUUGGCACUCGAGGGGUCGAGCCUGUCCCAAACAGGCAGCGACGCGCAGGGCGGCGAUCCUGGCGCCUCGGGCUGAUUGUUGGGGUGGGAGAGGGCGGCCGCGGCGGCCGGCGCGGGGAUGUCUAGGAGCUCGAAGGUGGUGCUGGGCCUCUCGGUGCUGCUGACGGCGGCCACGGUGGCCGGCGUGCAUCUGAAGCAGCGGCAGGACCAGCAGAGGCUUCGUGACGGAGUGAUCAGAGACAUUGAGAGGCAAAAUCGGAAAAAAGAAAACAUUCGUCUUUUAGGAGAACAGAUUAUUUUGACUGAGCAACUUGAAGCAGAGAGAGAGAAGAUGUUGGAAAAAGGAUCUCAAAAAACUUGACUUCAAAUGAAUAUGAAGUAUCAGUG